CCGCAAGCGUGCUAGGCUGCAGCUCACAUGACUUAGCGCGGUUUGGUUGCUUGCGGAAGUUGCCCAGCCUCCGCGGCCGGCUCUGGAUUUGUUAACGCCCCGCGGAGGCUGCCUGGUAGGGUCGGCCACCGCGGGGCGGUUUUGCAGCCGGACGACAGGAUGGUGCAGCUGUACAACCUGCACCCGUUCGGGUCUCAGCAGGUGGUACCCUGCAAGCAGCAGCCCGAGCGGUUCUGCGGUGGGGGGAGCGACGCGCUGUUCGUGGCGGCGGGCUGCAAGGUGGAGGUGUUCACCGUGGUCGGCCAGGAGCUGUGCCAGCCGAGGUGCACCUUCAACACGCUGGGUCGAGUGCUGCUCCUGGCCUACAGCGAGGCGGGAGACUAUUUGGUGGCAAUUGAAGAGAAAAACAAAGUUACAUUUCUUCGUGCAUAUGUGAACUGGAGAAGCAAAAGGACUGAAAACUCUCGUGUGUGUAUCCGAAUGGUUGGGCACAAUGUGGAAGCCUCCGUCAAUGAAACCUUCAGAGACCAGAUGUCUAUCAUUGAAAUGCCUCUUUCUGAAACUCCCUUGUGCGUUUCCUGUUGCCCUGUGAAAGGAGACCUUCUUGUUGGCUGCACAAAUAAGUUAGUGUUAUUUAGUUUGACAUAUCGGACCAUUAAUGAGGAACUCUCGAUAUUGGACUUUGAACGCUCAUUAAUUAUACACAUAGAUAAUAUCACUCCAGUAGAAAUUUCAUUUUGUGUUGGAUAUGUCGCGGUCAUGUCAGAUUUAGAAGUCUUAAUUCUUAAACUGAAGUCAGACCCUAAAACUGGUGCAACUGUUACCUUCCACCCACUUAAGACCAACAGUCCAAUGCAACAGGCAGAUAAAGUCAUCAGUAAUGAAACUCUCCAGCUUGAGUCAGAUGAUUUUGUUAUGUGUCAAAAGCCCAUGGAACUUCUUGGUGAAAAAAGCAAACAGUCUGGAGUGUCUGUUACAUUGGAGUCAACAGGAUUAACUGAUGAAAAAAUAAAAUAUUUCCAUGUUCAGCACCUGCUGUACAGACGCUUUGCUCCUGAUAUUUCGUCCUAUGUGUUAUCCGAUGACAUCAAGUUGCAUUCACUUCAGCUGCUGCCCGUUUACCAAACAGGUUCUCUUACUUCUGAUGGAAAAACUUCACCUCAGGAAAAAGAGCUGCUGAGUCUCUUUUGUUUUUUCUCAUUACCUCACGUGGGCUAUCUCUACAUGGUUGUCAAAUCUGUCGAAUUAAUGUCAGUCUACCAGUAUCCUGAGAAGUCUCAACAGGCCGUGCUCACGCCACAAUUCCUGCAUGUCAUCACAAGCAACAACCUGCAGUGUUUCACCGUGCGUUGCAGUGCAGCGGCAGCUCGUGAGGAGGACCCAUACUUGGACACCACGCUGAAGGCUUGUCCUCCUGUCAGUAUGGAUGUCUGUGCUUUGAGAAUACAGCUUUUCAUAGGCUUGAAAGCCAUAUGUCACUUUAAAAACCACAUCAUACUUUUGACCAAGGCAGACCCUGAGACCAUCCAAGAAAGAAGAGAGUCACCCAAGAGGCUUCUUUCUAGAAAAGAUGCCAAUGUUAAUCUCAAAACACCUCCUGUGGCUGAAGCUGGGUGGAAUUUAUAUAUUGUGAAUACAGUAUCACCAGUGCUGCUCUACAAAGAAAUGGUGGAUUAUAGUAAUACCUACAAGACUGUGAGAACCCAGAGCUGCAUCCACCUUCUCAGCGAGGCUCAUCUGUUAGUGAGAGCUGCUCUGAUGGAUGAUCACCAGCUGGAGCCUGGAGAGAAGGCAGACCUCUUAGAAGCAUUUAAAGAAAGCUGUGGGCACCUUGGAGACUGUUACAGCAGGCUUGAUACCCAGCAUUCCCAUCUUGCCUUGCCAUACUAUAAGAUGUCUGGUUUGUCUAUGGCUGACGUUUUGGCCCGAGUGGAUUGGGCAGUAGAAGAUGGAGUGCAGAAAUACGAGAGGGGAUUAAUCUUUUAUAUUAAUCAUUCACUUUAUGAAAACUUGGAUGAAGAAUUAAGUGAAGAAUUGACAGCAAAGAUUAUUCAGAUGUUUUAUGUCGCAGAGCCGAAGCAACUGCCCCAUAUUCUCUGUAGUCCUUCCAUGAAGAAUAUUAAUCCUUUAAUCGCCAUGAGCUAUCUUAAGAAGCUGGAUACUUCUGGGUUUUCAUCCAUCUUAGUGACGUUGGCCAAGGCGACAAUGGCUCUAAAAAUAGGAGAUCUUGACACAUACACAAAUGAAAUGAAAAUCUAUUCAGAGAUGAAAUUGGUAUGCGGCUUCAUUCUGGAACCUCGGCUUCUGAUUCAUCAGCAGAAGGGACAGAUUUUUCCAACUGAGCUUGCGGUUCACUUGAAGGAGACCCAGCCUGGAUUGAUUGUGGCUUCAAUCCUCGGUUUACAGAAGAAUGACAAGAUUGAAAUUGAAGAAGCAGAGUCCUUCUUUAAGGCGCUUUGUGGUAAAGAUGAAGAUAAGAUCCCUCAGCUCUUGGUAGACUUUUGGGAAGCUCAGCUCGUAGCAUGUCUGCCAGAUGUGGUACUUCAGGAACUGUUUUUCAAGCUCACAUCACAUUACAUCUGGAGAUUAUCUAAGAGACAGCCUCCUGACUCCAUACCAUUGCGAACUUCAGAGGAUCUGAUGAACACCUGUAGUCAUUAUGGCUUAAUCUAUCCGUGGGUUAACAUAUUAAUAGCCCAUAAUUCCUCAGCUGAUAAAAAUUACACAGAAGAUCUUUUAAAAUUACAGUCUCUUAUAUGUGGUCCUUCAUACGACAUAACUUCCAUAAUUCCAUUCUUGGAGCUGCUCUCAGAAGACACUGUCGCUGGCCUUAGUGUCCAUGUUCUGUGUCAUACGCGCUUGAAAGAGUAUGAACAGUGCAUAGACACACUGUUAGAGCGAUGUCCAGAGGCUGUCAUUCCAUAUGCUAAUCAUGAACUGAAGGAAGCCAACCGGACUCUGUGGUGGAAAAAACUGUUGCCUGAACUUUAUCAGAGAAUAAAAUGUGGUGGAGAGAACUAUCAGCUUUACUUGUCAUCAUUAAAAGAAACGUUGUCGGUUGUUGCUGUGGAAUUAGAACUAAGGGAUUUCUUGAACGUCCUCCCAGAAGAUGGCACUGCAGCGUUUUUUUUGCCCUAUCUUCUUUACUGUUGUCGAAAGAAAUCACUGACUUGAAGGAAUCAUUGAGAAUUCCAUAAUGGUAUAGAAACCUGAAUUUAAAAAUAUUGAGUGCGAGGUAAUAAUAGAAAUAAAAGAUUUCCAUAUUGAAUGUAU